AUUUCCUUCUAUGAACUGUAACUCAGUAAAAUCUUUGAAAUUGUUACAUGUUGCGUUUAUAUUUUUGUUCAGUAAUAUAUACAUGAAAGUGCUCUCGAAGAUUUGACAAGAAAAAGUUCUGAAAAAAUGAUUUAAAUUGGUGCUGGUUGUUCUGUGUUUUGUUUGAACAUUCAAAUAAGUCCUCAAGGGUAAAAUAUCAUAUGAAUUCUUCUCUCUCUGCCUCCUGAUUUCAUGGGCUUGACCAAUGAGACAAAAGUCUCAAAAACUUCUACUUUGCUGGUGUUCCUGCCUGGCAACCCUUUCCCAUUGCUCCUCUCUCUCCCUCCUGGGCCUUCACAGUGCAGGCGACCUCCUGUGGGGUCCAGUCCCAGUGCCACACAUGCAGCAUGUGGUCAUCAGACACUGCAAGGUUGGGACAGGGAGAUGGGCCUGCUACAGAGCUAGCAGGUGUCUUCCUGUAUGUCUCUCUGUAUGGAAUUGUCUAGGCUCUGUGGUCUCCAGGUGAAGGCUCAUCCAGGGACAGGCAGGACCAGUCGGCCCUGUAGGCCAGGGAGUUGUGGAGGAUGUAGGAGGCUAAGACGGAACACACUCCUCUGCUCCCCUCUAGAGGAAGGAGUGAAAAAUACAGUGGUCACUGGUGGGUCAGACGGGAUAGGGAGGGCAUACGCCUUUGAACUGGCAGGACGUGGGCUGAACGUGGUGAUCCUGAGCAAAACCAAGGACAAACUGGACCGGGUGGCACUGGAGAUAGCUGAAACCACGGGUCAGAAAGUGAAAGUGAUCGUAGCCGACUUCACUGAGGAUGACAUGUACGAGUGCAUUGAGGAGAAGCUGAAAGGCUUAUAUAUUGGUGUAUUAGUGAAUAACGUGGGGAUUCUACCCAGUUAUAUUCCCUGCAAGUUCCUGCAGACUGAAGACCUGGAACAGAGAAUUACGAAAAUGAUCAACUGCAAUGUGAAAGCUUUGGUCAAGAUGUGCCAAAUAGUCCUGCCAGGGAUGGAGAUGAGAGGGAAGGGAGUGAUCGUGAACAUCUCCUCUGGUUUGGCCAGUGUUCCUUCACCCAUAUACACCAUGUACUGCGCAUCAAAGGUGUUUGUGGAGAGGUUCUCUCAAGGUCUGCAGGCUGAAUAUAAAGCUAAAGGAAUCAUGAUACAGGCAGUGGCUCCAUUUGGGGUGUCCACCCCCAUGACGGGCUACCAGAAGCCCAACAUGGUGACCCUGACAGCGGAGGACUUUGUCAGGACGUCCCUGGAGUACCUCCUAGCCGGGGACAAGACCUACGGCAGCAUCUGUCAUACAGUACUGGGUUGGAUGGUAAAGACCGUUCCCCAGCAGAUCCUCCAUAGUGAGAGCAUGCAGGACAGUCUACUGGAGUAUGUGAAGAAAAGAGUGGAGAAAUAGGUGAUAGAUCACCUGCAACACAUGCACUAUUUUAUCAUCAUAUACAGUGCCUUCAGAAAGUAUUCACACCCCUUGACUUUUUCCACAUUUUGUUGUCUUACGGCCUAA